UCCAAAGUCCAAACAGACUAAAAAAUACAUAUUUGUUUCCCCUAUUAACUACAUACUAUAAUUUUGGCACGUUCUAAAGAUAUAUAUUACUAAAAUAAUACAAAUCUCUCUCUUUUUAAUCCAUAAUCUCAAUCAUAACACAACACCUGGUUUCUAAAUUCUGUACAUGUUUGAUAUUCCCCCUGCCCAUUUUGCAUAAUAUUUCUCUGCUCUGGGAUCAACAUUUCACAGGGGGAGGCAAAGGCAGAGAACAAGAUGGUGCAUUGUGUUUUCUGUAAUCUAUCAUCAAAUGGGCAGGCCAUUUUUAUAGCUAUAGUUAUAUGUAUUAGUUUGUUUUCAAUAACACAUGUGGAUGCUUCGAUCCAUGAAUACAAGAACGAAGCUUUCAUUCGUCGUUCAAAUUCCUUCUUCUUCCAUGGUGGCAGCGAAGGCCUUUAUGCUUCUAGGCUUCCAAAUGUACUCUCUUCUCCCGAAGACAAGCCCCUCAAUGGCAAGUCCUUUAUCAGAUUUGAAUCAAUCACUUUCCAAAGAACAAAAGAAUCUGCUGAAAACAAGAAUGAAAUGCAGCAAAAGACUGGAUUAGUUGAAGCUCUAAUAGUAGAGGUCACAGAUAGAGACAAAAUUGGGGCUGCUUAUUUGAAUUCUAGUGCACUAUGCUGUACUGCAGAUCUUGCCAAGGAUAGGGCCUGCAAGGCAGGAGAGGUAAUAAUCCACCAAGACCCCAAUAACCCAGAUGGGCCAAAAAGACUCCAGACCUUCUUCGAAGGAAAAAAUGCAGAGGCUAAAAUGAAUCCCCAAACAAUUCAGAUCAACAGCACUGGGAUGUAUUAUCUGUACUUUAUGUUUUGUGAUCCAGAACUUAUAGGGAUGAGAGUCAAUGGCAGGACAGUGUGGAGGAACCCAGAUGGUUAUCUUCCUGGAAAGAUGGGCCCAAUGAUGACUUUCUUUGGGCUCAUGUCUUUAGCUUACCUUGCUCUGGGACUUGUCUGGUUUUUCUGGUUUGUCAAGUACUGGAAAAAUAUUAUUCAUUUGCACAAUCACAUUACAGUUGUGAUAGGUUUGGGAAUGUGUGAAAUGGCUUUCUGGUACUUUGAAUAUGCAAAUUUCAAUUCAAAAGGAAGAAGGCCGAUUGGAAUUACUGUGUGGGCAGUUACCUUUGGUGCUAUUAAGAAGACUGUUUCCCGUUUGCUUCUUUUGGUGGUUUCAAUGGGAUAUGGUGUUGUGCGGCCAACUCUUGGUGGUGGUAUAACUUCAAAAGCAAUGCUCCUUGGUAUCACAUAUUUCAUUGCUUCUGAAGCACUUGGCCUGCUUGAGAACUUGGGGACUAUCAAUGACUUUUCUGGGAAAGCAAGGCUAGUGCUUGUGUUGCCUGUGGCUCUCUUGGAUGCCUGCUUUAUUGUUUGGAUUUUUUCAUCAUUAUCCCAAACUCUAGAGAAGCUUCAGAUAAGAAGUGCAGCUAAAUUUGCACUCUAUCAGAAAUUUACUAAUUCCCUUGCAAUAGCAGUGCUGAUCUCCAUUGCAUGGAUUGGAAUUGAGAUGUACUUCAAUGCAACUGAUCCAUUGAGUGAAAUGUGGAAAAGAGCAUGGAUCAUCUCAGCUUUCUGGAUUUUGCUUGCAUUUGUGCUACUGGUGGUCAUAUGCGUUCUUUGGGCUCCAUCCCAUAACCCAACAAGAUAUGCAUUUUCCGAGGAGACGGUGGAUAAUUCUGAUGAUGAUGAAGAUAGGAUUCCUCUGUCUGGGAGUGCAGUGAAGGUGGUUGGAGAUGUAGCUACUAAGCUCGAAAGAAAGGAAAGGAAGACAUCAUCUGCACCAGAGCAGUAUUUGCUUGGCCAUGUUGAAGAUCUCGAGGAAGACAAAAGAGAAUAACAUUCCCCAUCUUCUGCACAUCCUACUUAAGUCCACGUCUUUCUUGCUUUAUGCCAGUGGGAAUAAUACAAUGAUUAUAUGUAAAUUAAAAAUUCAUGCUAUGUUAUGUAAUUUUAGGUUCCCUUUAUACAGUUGUGUAAGCAUUAGCAUGCAUUACACUCAG